AUGAGCUACCGUUAAAGUCGUUUUUGCAAUGGAGGACUUAAAACUGUUAGUGGAAGCCUGCGACAUGUUAGUUAAAGACGUUGAAAAUCUAGCUACUACUGCAACAUCUAUGAAGAAAAGCGCUGCGAAAGUGUACGCUGUGGUCAAACACAUGCGUAAAAUUACGCCCAAAUGUAUUAAAUUACAAUACAACAUGGAAGACAAAGAGGACUUAUUCCAAUAUGUACACAGAUGUAUAAAUUUCAUCGGUGAACUACAAAAAGCAGAAAUUAAAAUUCCUGGAGCUAAUCCAAGGAUUCAGACAAAUGAUUCGGACGCUUCUACAAGUGGUGAUAACGAGGAUGAGAUCGUCGACGUCGACUGAAUACGGCGCUAUGAUGUAGUAGUAGUUGUAGACUAGUGGCUGAAAUGCAAACUUGCAUUUUUUAAGAUCGUAGAAAAAAUAUCUGCGAGGAUUCUAGA